UGGAAGUCAAGUCUUCUUUCACCAGAAUUACUCAGUCUGCAGCUCGAAUCUUCUCUUGGCCCUUAACUACCCUCAACUUCUCGACUGCCGUCGCCAAACUCACACUUUUAUCACCCAAAUCCUCCCGGCCACCUCUCACUCUCUCUCUGCGAUUCUCUUUCCCCUCGUUUUCUUUCUAUCUGCUUCGAUGUCAGAAUCCAGAGGACUCUGCAACUGCUGCGCCAAAUUCCUGAUCUCCGCCGGACUCACCGUCCUCAUCGUUUGGAUCUCCUUCCGCUUCAUCAGACCCCGCUACUACAUCGUCUCCUUCGACCGCCCCACCACCAACUCUUCUUCCCUCUUCGCCUCCUUCCAGCUCGAAAUCGAGAACAAGAACCGCCAAAUCGGCAUCUACCAUGACGAAAUCGCGCUAACCCUCCUCGCCGGCCCCAAUCUCUCCUCCCCACUCUCCCACUUUGUUGUCCCCGCCUUCUAUCAAGGCCAUCUCAAGACGGCCGAGAAGCCCGGUAACUUCAGCGGCAUCUCCGGCUGGAAUCGGACGCGGCUCGCCGGAGAGUCGGUGUUCCGUGUUUUGGCGAAUUCGGCGUUCCGGUUCAAGGUGCUGGGAUGGAAGAGUCGGCACCAUGCAGUGAGUGUAGCCGGCGAUGUGGAGGUUGAUGCUGACGGUAAGAAGACCGCGACGAAGGGUAUACGAUUGUCGUCUUCCGCUGCUGUGGUUGCUCCGGUUGUUCCGAGUACCUUUUUCCUUUAUGCUUUGCUGAUCUUGACGUGAUGCUUUAGGAUUGGGCGGUUGAGAUUGAAUCACAGCAGCUUUGUUUAUAGCUUUUGUAAAAAGAAAAAAACGUAAUUAUUUUUUUAAAUGCUUUGACGGCUAAUCAA